AAAUUAUUUAACACUUUUCCAAAAUUAAACUUUUUCCAAGUGUAUUAAUUCUCGGAGCAGAUCGAAUAAGACAUGAUAUUUCCGGCGACGGCAAAGACAAAGAGGAGUAUGGAAGCUAUUCCCCUUCUCAGAACUAUCAAACCCUUCAAACUCAACCCGAAUCUCACUAAAUCGUUUUGCGUCCGGUGCUCUUCUUCUUCCUCAGCCACCAAGGUUCACACGGGUGAAAGAACAGGGAUGAAGAGACAAUUUGAUGGAUUAUUGUUGGAUGCUGCUGGUACGCUCUUGCAGUUGGCUAAGCCUGUUGAAGAGACCUAUGCAGCUAUUGGAAAAAACUAUGGUCUUUCCACCCCAUCCGCUGUGAUAAAGAAAGGUUUCAAAAGAGCUUUUUCUGCCUCAUGGGCUGAGGAGCUACGGUAUCAGGGAGAUGGAAGGCCAUUUUGGAAGUUCAUAGUUUGUGAAGCAACUGGUUGUAAUGAUAAUGAUUAUUUUGAAGAAGUUUACCAGCACUAUGCAAAUGGUGAUGCUUGGCGUCUUCCGGACACAGCCUCUGAUACUCUAUCAAACCUGAAAGAUUGUGGAGUCAAACUGGCAGUUGUUUCGAAUUUUGACACCCGUUUGAGGAAGCUAUUGAAAGACCUCAAUGUGGUACAUCUGUUUGAUGCUGUUAUAGUAUCUGCUGAGGUUGGAUAUGAAAAACCAGAUGCUAAGAUAUUUCAAGCUGCACUCGAUCAGAUAUGUGUUGAAACGACAAAGGCAGUUCAUGUUGGAGAUGAUCCCAAGGCUGAUAAGGAAGGUGCUAAUGCUGCUGGAAUUGAAUGCUGGUUAUGGGGCAGAGAUGUCAAGUCUUUUGCUGAUAUACAGAGCGCUAUUCUGAUUGAGUCUUAAAACUGUCUUGGUCAUUGGCAAUGAGCUAUUGCUGCAAUAUAUGCUUUCUAAGAUAAGGCAUGAAAAGGGGAAGCAUAAAAGUCUGUUUUCUAUAGCAUACAGCACAUCGGAUCAAGAGUUCAUUAGCAGUCUUUCAAUACAAAUAAUGUAUUUGUGGGAGAUUUAACUUAAUCCUCCUUUGUACACAGAUCUUCAUAUAAAAACUAUUAUCGAUUGAUACUUAAUUCCAAGAGGGCUUUUGUAAGUUGAUAAAUGAUAAAUCAGUAUUUCAAUACGCAUUUAUUGCGUGUUGGGGGAUCG